AUGCAUCUAUGCAUUUGUAAACAGGCCCCAGUUCAACAGCCCCCUCUACCGGGAUCAAACGCUCUGCAGCGUUUGCUUGAUCUUCCUAAUCUUACCGUACUCUCCUUCUUACAGGUUCCACUUCAAAAGAUGAAUUAUGCAAGGAAACAAUGCAAGAGUCCACUGUUUACGCAUUUGUAAACAGGCAACCGUUCAUCAGCCCCCUCUACCGGAAUGAAACCACUCUACAGCCUACGACUGAUUCGCAGACUAAGACAGGAUCAAUUGAAUCAGAGAAGACCACCACCGGGCCACAGUUCAGCAGCCCCCUCUAUCGGAAUCAAGGCGCUCUGCAGACUACGAGUGACCUGCAAACUAAGACCAAUGCUUCAGGAUCUUUUGAAUCAGAGCAGACCACCACCAAGCCACAGUUCAGCAGCCCCCUCUACCGGGAUCGACACACUCUGCAGACUCCGACUACCAUGAAGACCAAGGCUAAGGGUAAGAGUGGUUGAUCUUUUUUCCCC